AAAAAAAAAAGAACUUUUUUCUUCACCAAAUAAUUAGUCUAUUUCGAAAAAUCUUCUCUUAUACCUCUAGAUUUGUGGGUUUUCUUCAUUUAUAGUUGGAUUCGAUGAUGACAGAUUCUAUUACAAGACAUUGAUCAAAGCCAGAGAUAUAGAUAGAUAGAGAGAGAGAGAGACGUAGCUCUUUAGCUAAAUUUUCUGGGCUUUUUUUUCUCUCUCUUGAGAAAACUAGGUGAUCGUUCAUGGAAAGAUUGUAGCUAAUUCUAAUCUAGAGAGAGAGAGAGAGAGGGAUGGGAGGUUGCGUGUCGACGCCGAAGAGCUGCGUGGGAUCGAAGCUAAGGUCAAGCAAGCCAAGGAAGAGUCGUAAAAGACGAAGGAAGAGAGCAGCAGCAGCAGCAGCCUCAUCCUCUUCUCGUCUCUCUGAUGGAUCUUUUGAUCAUCCUCGUAACAACUUGCCCACUCCCACUUUCAGAGCAAGUGGAGAAGAAGCAUGGUUUGAGUCCAAUGCCGCCUUUGAAACAGAUUGUGACGAUGAUUUCCACAGCGUCAACGACGAUACAUUGUCUUUAGGCGGAGGUGAGCGUGUAUCAGUUUCGAGUACUACAACCACAUCAUCAACAGGAGACUCAAACUCAAACGAAGCCAUGUCGCAGUCAGAAGGUGGCUUGAACGAGCCUAAGCAGCAGCUUGAUUCCAUAGAUUCAUCUGCAGAUGAAGGAGGAGGAGGAGGAGGGAUCUUGGAGAACUGCAGGAUCUUGCCGAGCAACUGUUUGCCUUGUCUGAAUCCAAUAUCUGUUGUUCCCUGUGUUGACAAAAGAAGAGCUCUUAGCUCUAGCCCUCCAAGUUCCAGGAAAAAAGCGUCUAUUAGAUUAUCUUACAAAUGGAGAGAAGGUCAUGCUUCAGGGGCUUUGUUUCUUUCUAAGUUGCAGUUGAAGAGACCAAUAGCUGGUUCUCAGGUUCCUUUCUGUCCAAUCGACAAGAAAAUGCUCGAUUGUUGGUCAACGAUCGAGCCAAAUAGCUUCAGGGUCCGUGGCAAAACCUAUUUAAGAGAAAAGAAGAAAGAGUUUGCGCCUAGCCAUGCUGCGUAUAAUCCUUUUGGUGUCGAUGUUUUUUUAUCUGAACGUAAAAUAAACCAUGUUGCACAGUAUGUCAAGCUUCCCGUUACUACCACAUCCACAAAACUCCCAUCUAUCCUUAUCGUUAAUGUCCAGAUGCCGUUGUAUCCAACUACAAUCUUUCAAGGUGAUACUGAUGGAGAAGGAAUGAAUAUAGUUUUAUACUUCAAACUUUCUGAUAAUUAUUCAAAGGAACUUCCGCUUCAUUUUCAAGAAAGCAUUCAGAGAUUAAUAGAUGAUGAGGUUGAGAGAGUUAAAGGCUUCCCUAUGGACACAACCGCUUCUUUCAGAGAACGGCUAAAGAUAUUGGGACGUGUUGCAAACGUAGAUGAUCUCCAUUUGAGUGGUCCUGAGAAAAAGCUGAUGCAGGCUUACAAUGAGAAGCCUGUUCUUUCCCGUCCACAGCAUGAAUUCUACUCGGGUGAGAAUUACUUGGAGGUGGAUAUAGAUAUGCAUAGAUUCAGUUAUAUAUCCCGGAAAGGGUUUGAAGCAUUCAUAGACAGACUCAAGAUCUGUGUUCUUGAUGUUGGCCUCACAAUUCAGGGGAACAAACCAGAGGAGCUACCGGAGCAGAUACUAUGUUGUGUGAGGCUAAAUGGGAUUGAUUUCAUGAACUAUCAUCAAUUAAAUCAAGAACCACUAUGACUAAUACACCAAUUCUUUCUCACUCCUUUGUUUUUCUUUCCUUGUAAAAGAAGAAACAAAAAAAAAGCAUCCCUUUUAGAACCCAGCAAAAGGGUGAUGAUUCUCAAGUGAAUAUAUAAAAAUUUGGAAUCUUAAUCAUCCAACUUAAUGUUAAUACUCUUUAUUAUAUAUUUCUACUUUUGAGGAUGGA